AUGAACCCAUCAACAAUGAAAUAUACUAUAGAAAUAGGUCAAUAUCCAUUUAAUAGCCCAUUAAACCAACUAGAACUAGUAAUGUCAGCUUUUGCUCAGUCCAAUACAACUGAUAAUAUUUGCUCAGCAAGGGAAUUUGGUGAAACUACAUCAGGGGAUAAUUCUAACUAUCUAAAAAUUCAAGUGGAUAAUCAUUCAUUGUAUGGUAGAUUUAUUAAAAGAGGUAUCAUAGAUUCUAGGGUUAGAUCAAUCUCAAAUAUAUUAUUAGACAAAGAUAUGAAACCAAUAAGUGAAACCAAAACAUUACAAUCAUAUAUUUGUAUUCAAAUUCAAAACUUUAAAGAAUCAGCAAUCAUCGAUCCAGAUUUUUCCAUUCUCAUUAAUUCAAAUAAAGCAUCAUCAAAAAUCAAUUCUAUCUGUCCAAACAAUUCAAAACUCAGUGGUGCCAAAAUUGCUGGUAUUGCUGUAGGUUGUACUGCUUUUGUAGCCGUUGUUGUAAUUUCAAUAUCAUAUCACAUCAUACAGAAAAAGAAAAAAGAAAAAUUCCUCAAUAAUGUAAAUCAAAAAAUGAAAGAAAUGAAUAAUGAUAAACUUUAA